AUGAGUCAGUUCCUGGGUCGGCAGGACUGUAUCGACAGCCUCCGAAAAGACCUGGUGGACCUUCAAGGGGCGAUUCUGGACGUGUUUUCAAGAACCGGACCCGUCAGAUUUUCUUCCUGGAAGUUCCCCGACAAAUUCUCCUGUAGUCUGGAUAUGGUGGCUUUGCUUGAGCAGUACGACUUCGUGGAUGGGGAGGAUGCCUUUAAUCAGCACUCCCACAUCGUUUUAUUGGAGUUGGUGAUUGACAGACUGCUGCUUCUUCUGCAAAGCUUUAAUGCUUAUGUUGAGCAACUACGAGGCAGGAGAGGGCAGACCCAGCAUAAAGGAUGCCUGUCUGUUGGACUUGUGGUCAGAAGCUAUUGGAGUAAUCUAGUUCAAUUUACCACCACUAAGGCAUGCAGCUACACUAAGAAACAUACAACAACAAAGACCUUUAACUAUGAUGAGACAAAGACAGUUUCACCCAUUUCCUCCCAAAUAGGCUCAAGGUCUGACUCCUGCAGACACAGUUUAUCUGCCAGGUCUUCAGCCAGCACAUUUACGUUUUCCACACAGAAUCACAUACCCUCCAGUUCCACUCACAGCACCCAUAACUUUCCUAGAGGCGACAGCCACAACGUAGGCUGCCAGACAAUUGAAUCAUGCCUCAUUCCCUGCAAUGCAUGUCAUCAGGUGCAGUCCCUUUUGAGGAAGACAGGAGACGCUUUGGUAGAUCUGUUUCAGAGUGAGGGCCUCCCUUCGUCUCUGCAGCCUCUCUCAGCAGCUAUGGAGGACACUGUGGAGCUGGGCCACAUGACAGCAGGUGAUGUUGCUCAGUGGGCCAAUGAGCAGCUCAGGGACAUGCGCCGGCUGGCAAAACACCUUCAAGAUGUGCGGGGUACAGUGCAGCCUCUUAAAGAUCGACUUGCAGCAGCAGAAACAGAGCGGGAGAGGUACAGGUGCCAGCUGGACAGAGCACAGAAAGAGUUCAAGGAAAAAGUGGAAAGACACCAACAAGACAUGGUCCAGCUGGAGUUUUCACUGCGGAAAGCACAGAGAUCCAUGAAAGAAACAGAGCAAAGGCUACAAAAGGAGCAGCAACAACUUAAGAGAGAAACUUUGUCAUUGGAGGAGAGAAAUUCCAAACUCCAGGAAAAAGUUGCAUUACAGCAAGAUACUUUUCAAGCACUCGAAUGUGAGAAGAAUGAGCUGCAGGAGAAAGUGAAGACCUUGCAAACAGAGGAAGAGGCCUGUUGUAAACUAGGGCAAAGGAUCAAGCAGCUAGAGGGUGAAAUCACUGACACUCAGCUCCUUCUUGACAAGGAGAGCGCCAAGUACCAGAGCGCUUGCCGUCAACAGGAGUCAAUGCAGGCAAAGCAGAAAUCUUUGCUGGAGAGAGUUGAUGCCCUGGAUGAAGAGUGUGAAGAGCUGCAGAGGCAACUGGAAGAUAGAGAGGAGAGACAGAUCAACCUACACAAUCAGCUGCAACAGGUGUCAAAGGAAAAGGAAGAGCUGCAGGCUCAGCUCACUCAGCAGCAGGACUUGUGUUUCCAGCUCCAAAAGGAGAAGCAGAAGUUAGAAAUAGAUGCUGACCAGCUAAAAAGCUGUGUGGCUGAGCUGCAAGAAUCUGUGAAAGCUUUAAGGGAGAGGGAGAGGCUGCUGGUGGCUUUCCCUGAGCUCACCCCCCUGGCUCAGACCCAACCACAGAGUACAGGAAAUGUGCUUCUGGAUAUGGAGCAGCAACUGCAGGCAAAUAGCAUUCGUAUAAAAGUUCUGGAGCAGGAAAAUGCUACCCUGCACAGGAGUCUGGAGAAACUGGGGGAAAGAGCGCGACAUAAUGCCACCAGGGCAGAGCAGCAGUGCAGCACGGCUGGGAUACAGUAACAAAGAAAAGGAACCAAGUGGAGGAGAAAGUGGUCUGGAGUCGGCCGGGUCAGAGGAUCGUGUGUCUGCCUCCCCCUCGUACCUGCAAAUUCGC